AUGACAGAUUAUCGGCUGCCGAUGCAUCAAAUACCUUCGCGGAAACCCGUUCCUUCUGCGCACUCCGGGCCUCAGUUUCAGGCCUAUCAUCAUAAUGCAUACCAACAACAACAGUAUCAGCCUCACCAACAGGCUCAACAACUCUUCCCCCAUCCCUCUGUUGCUUCGCUUGCGCACAGCCGGAACCGAACGACCUCCUCGAACGUUUUGCCGUAUGCAGGGCAUCCACAGCAUCACCACCCACAACAGCCGUAUACUACCGGCCCAUCCCCACAACACAGUAUGACCGUUCCGUAUAACCCCUUGGCAAGGCGCUUGUCAAGUGCAACCACCUCGACCACAUCCACAGGUAACAAUGGGGAUGUACGGCGGAGCACGUCAUCCCGAUCCGCUGGAUCUCAGAUGAGCUAUGUGGCUUUGUUGCGCCGGCAAAAGGCAACAGUCUGGUGUGACCGUGCACAGGCGGAAGAUCCCCGAUUGCGACAACAGAAGCUAGUAGAUAAGAAGCGAGCAUACCUCGAAGUUCACGGUGCAGGCGCCGGACGUGCAAGUACUCUCGGAAGCGGAAAGGGCAAGCAUGGCAAUAAAGUUACGGAGCUCUCUCCUUCUGCGCUUGUUGGCGCUACCGUCCCGGUUCGACUCAGUGCCAACGAGGUGGGCGAUGCCGACGACGAUGCCCGCAGCGAUAGGGAUUUUCCGUAUCGUCGGACAGGGAGCGGCCGGAGCUCUCUCGGCAGCGGCCAUCGUUAUCCUAGCGGCUAUCAACGAAACACAGCGAGCAGCGGUAACACGCCACCGAACGAAAAGACGGAUCUUCCAGGAGUUUCUGAGGACAAAGCUGGAGAGCAAAAGGAUACCAACAUUGCCAAGGACGAUGGUGCCACAACCAACAGUCGCAACAGUGAGCAGGAAGAUAGUUUCGGUACCGUUGGGGAUAUGGGUGCACCGAAUGCUGCUACUCUGGCCGAGCAAAAGGCCAAAAAAGCAGCCGAUCUUCGGCGCCGAGGCAGUGUGGACGAUAGGACAACCUCAAUGACCAACGUGCGACUCUUUGUCGCCAACCCAGAUCUGAGCGAUUAG